AUGCUUACAGGGGAAUUAGAGAAGACAAAAAUUGAGGUGGAUGAGAUUAGAGGAAGGGAGAAUGAAGCUCAAGUUGAAAUAGCACUUCUGAAAUCUGAGCUUCACAAAGGGAGGUCAAGAAUUGCAGCAGCAGAGGCAGCUGAAGCAAGGGCUGAGAGUGUUAAGUCCGGGCUAUAUCUUGCAGUCCAGCAACUAGCAGUAGAAGCAGGAGAAGCCAAGAAGGAGAGCCAAAGGCUAAAACAAGGAGCGGAUGAAGCAAAAGAAAUAACUAGAGAGACUGUCUCUGUCAACCCCCAAUUUGAAGUCUCUUCUCAAGAUUUAGAACUUUCCCAAAAAGAUGAAUACAAUAAAGAAGCUAAAGCAAGAAAAGAUGACCACAUCACAAUUUCAGUGAUUGAAUAUGAAUCAUUGGUUAGCAAGGCUAAGAAGGCGGAUCAAAUUCCAGUAUUGCUAUCUGAAAAUUUAAGUCAAUCGGCCACAUUUGAAAAUAGGGAUGAGGCGGAAGUUCUGAAGGAGUUGGAAUUUGCAAUGGUGAGAAUUGCUGAGUUUAGGACUCAGGCAGAGCAGGCAGUGAGCAGGGCUGAGAUGGCUGAGAAAGCUAAGGCAGCAAUUGAGGAACAACUAAGGCAGCGGCGAGAGCAGAGGCAAAGGAAAAGAGCUGCUUUAGCAGCGCUCCAUGAAGAGUCUGUCCGAAAAGAGAACAAUAUUCUUAAAUUUGAGCAGACUCCUACAACAUAUCAGCCACUGGGUAAGGUCCUCAACAUGAAAUUCUAG